CUAAACCCCAUAAACCCUCCAAAUAGUUCUUGCAAAUAAAAAAAAUGAUUCUUUUCUUAAAAACCAAAUAGAACUCCAACAAUUGAUGAGAAACUUCAUAGACUUUUACAACAACACAAUGUAUCCAUUCAAACUCUCUUUAUUUCCUCUACUGCUCAUGUUGUUUUUAUCUACCACCACCCCUUCUGUCUCCACCAAUGAACAUGUUACAAACAUCAAGAGUCUCCCACCACCACAACCAAACAUGAAUCCCCAUGAACUAGAAACACUUUUCAAGAUCAUGGAAUCCAUUUCCAAUGAUCAAAAUUGGAGAAAAUCACAUCCAAAUCCAUGCCAACAAGGGUCAUCUUGGCUUGGAAUUGAGUGCAAAAAAAAUACCAAUCUUGAUAAUGAUCAUGACAACAACAUUUACCAUGUCACUAGGCUUGAUUUUGGUACACAUCCAAACCCCACUUGCAAGAAAACAGCAACAUUCCCUUCACUCAUUUUCCAACUCCCAAAUCUUGAAUCUGUUUUCUUCAUCCAAUGCUUCACACAAACAAAAACAAGAAUCUCUGUUCAAGAAAACAGAAUUCUCCAACAACUUAGUUUAAGAUCAAAUCCAUCACUAAUUGGCACAAUCCCACCUCAAAUUUCAUCACUAAAAUCACUCCAAAUCCUCACAUUGUCACAAAACAAUCUUCUUGGACAAAUCCCAGAACAAAUUUUCACCCUUAACUCACUUGUUCAUCUUGAUUUAAGCUACAACAAACUCACAGGCAAAAUCCCAAACCAAAUUGGCAGUCUCAACAAUCUUGUAGGCUUAGAUUUAAGCUACAAUUCAUUCACUAGUCCAAUCCCAUACACAAUUGGCCAACUCAAGACUCUUCAAAAACUCGACUUGAGCUCGAAUUCUUUCACAGGAAAAAUCCCUGAGACAAUUGAAAAUUUACAAUUUUUAAACUUCUUAGCCCUGAGUAACAACAAGUUAACUGGGAAUUUCCCAAAAGGGAUGAAUAAGCUUCAGGAGCUACAAUAUUUUCUUAUGGAUGAUAAUCCAAUGUCCAUAAAACUCCCUGAAGAAUUCAGUCAACUACACAAACUUCAAGAAUUGAGUCUUUCUGCUUCAGGUUACUCAGGAGAAAUACCAUCAAGUUAUUCUCAGCUAUUAAACUUAACUACAUUGUCAUUACAGAACAAUCUAUUAACAGGCGAGAUACCGAUGGAAUUUUCGAGACUUUCACAUAUGUACCACUUGAAUUUGAGCAGAAAUUUGUUAGAUGGUAUUGUUCCAUUCAAUUCAAGUUUCUUGAAAAGACUUGGUAGGAAUUUGGACUUAAGUGGAAAUCCAGGAUUAUGUUUGAAUCCACAUGAAGGGGUUAAUGGAAUUUAUAUUGGAGUUAAUGUGUGUGGGAGCAAGAAUAAUAGUAGUUCUAUAACUAUGCCAUUGAAGAAUAGAUGUGAAGAAGCUUCAUUUGGAGUAAUUACAUCAUUGUUUCUUGUUUGUGUUUUAUGUAUUUUAGAAUUGUUCUUCUUUGUUUAGGAGUUUGUAUUAUUGAUUCUUUAGUUUCUAGUAAAAGGUAUCUCACUUUGUCUCAAAAUA